CGCUUCCUAUUAAAUAUGUAUAUCAGGCACAUGCAAAGCGUUUCACGACAGGCAUUCCGGUGCUUCCAAUUAUCUACAACAAGAACAACAAAUCGUAAUUUCGGUAUAGCUGCAAUAUCAGUAAAUAAAUGUCCGCGUUAUUGCGCUGUCCUUUUGCCAUUGUUUGCGGUUGCCGGCAAUGUUGAGUGCAGUACGGAUUUAGCUACGAAGUCACAUUACUCCACAGCAGCUGCCGUCGACAUGUCGGACGGUGAUUACAAGAACGCAGCCUCGAUCUACGAGUUCAGCGUGAAGGACACCCAUGGAAACGAUGUCUCCCUGGAAAAGUAUAAGGGCCAGGUUAUCCUCAUCGUCAAUAUUGCUUCAAAGUGUGGUUUAACUAAAAAUAACUACAAGAAGUUGACCGAUCUGAAGGAGAAGUAUGGCGAACGCGGGCUGACCAUCCUGAACUUCCCAUGCAAUCAAUUUGGCUCCCAGAUGCCUGAGGCCGAUGGGGAGGCCAUGGUCUGUCAUCUUCGUGACUCUAAAGCAGACAUUGGCGAAGUCUUUGCCAAGAUUGAUGUGAAUGGCGAUAAUGCAGCGCCUUUGUAUAAGUACUUGAAGGCCAAGCAAUCUGGCACCUUGGGCAGCGGCAUCAAAUGGAACUUCACCAAAUUCCUGGUGAACAGGGAAGGCGUUCCAAUCAAUCGGUAUGCACCCACUACCGAUCCCAUGGACAUAGCCAAGGAUAUCGAGAAACUAUUGUAGAUCUCCAU